UCACUGUCAGCUGUCAAAUUAGUCUCUUUUCCCUCUAUGUGCGUGUCAGUGGGAGUAAAAAAUCUCUGAGAAAAGAAAUAUAAUAAUUAAUAUGUACUGAAUAAAAAAAAUAUUUAAAAAAAAAUCAUAAGAAUAAAUAUUGUAUUGAGUUAAAAAUUCAUUUAAAAAAAAAUCAUAAUCAUAAUAUUGUAUUGGCUACGGGAAGUGAGAGUAUUUAUUUGCAAAUCGGGAAAUAACUUUUUAGAAGCCAAUAUGGAUUGUUAUAACAGUGUUUAAUACAAAAAAAAGAGUCGUCAUCGAGGAGAUAAUUGGAUUCAAGAAGAAAAAGAUCUAUUUCUAGCAAUAAUGCGUCAAUCGGCUUUCAUCAUCGAAAAUAAGAAAACUGAUACAAACACAAAUAAAAAAAAAUAUUCGGAAUGGCUGAAAGUGCAAAGCAAAUUUAAAAAACUAACUGGAAAGCACCGUGAUGUAGUCCAGUUAAAAGGAUUCUGGAGGAGAUACAAGUUACAUGCCAAAAAAAAAUUAUCACUCCAUAAAAGUGCUAUACAAGCCACUGGUGGAGGACAGCAGCCAGAGCCUCCAUCACAAGAGGACCUCAAAGUUAUAAAUUUGUGCGCAACGGAUUUUAUAGUUGAAAGGAACACUUUUGAUAGUGAUGGAGUUAAUGAAAAUAUGGAGAAAAUUUAUGACUGUGCAAGUGAUACACAAAAAGAUAAACACAACAGUACAAACUAUGAUACAGAAUUAAAUGAGGGUGAAGAUAUGGAUGAAAUUGAAACUGAAAAUAAAAAUCGGGUGCACAUACAUAAAGAGAACAGGGCUGAACAAAACAAUGAUUCUAACGAGAAAAUAAAAACUCAUCCUCCAAGAAGAAGGUACCAAAAGACUGAAAACAGUCAUAAAGGUAUAAUCCUUUCAUCCAACCUUGAUUUAAAAAAGCGUAGAAGAGAAUUAAUGGAAGAAGAGCAUGCAUUGAAAAUAAAAUAUCAACAACAAGAGAUCACUCAUCAGCAUCAACGGCACAAAUUAGAAAUUGCUAUAUUACUUUUAGAAAAGGAGAAGAAGGAGUUAGAAUUAAAAAAAGUAAAAAAUUCUUUAGAAUAAUUAUUUACUUAACCCCUUA